AUGGGCCUGGCCGGCGAGCUGAUUUGGUUCACGAAGCAAAUCAGCGCGGCUGGCUGGCAGAGUGCCUGGACUCGCUCAUCGCAGCUCCUCCUUGGGACGCAGCAGGUCGCGCUGCAGCCAGAUGUUGUGCUGCUCGGAGCCGUCUCAGGGGCAUUCAGCCACGGCCGACGCUGGCAAGAAGCAGUUCAACUCGUAGCUGGCUUGCAAUGUCUCGCUGUGCGAGCAAAUCAGGUCCUCCACGGUGCAAUAGUGGCGGCCUGUCGCGAGCAGUGGCUGCGUGCCUUCUGCGUCCUUCAGGAGAUGUCGGAGGUGAAUCUAGGAGCAAGCACGGUUGCAGCCGGACCCGUCGUCCAUGCAUCGCCAUGGGUACUUGGUCUGGAUCUGCUCGGCGAUUUACGGGGCCGACUCUGUGAGAUAAGUUCGGUUUGCUGGAACUCGAUCAUCGCCUCUUCGGGAGCUUCCUGGCCGAAGGCGCUGAACCUGCUGGACGUCUCCAAGCAAGACGCUGCGGAAACCAAUCUGGUCGCGCUGACUGCAGCAUUCAUCGUCACUUCAGCAUGGAGAGCGUCGACGGGUUUGACGGAGCAGUGGGAUGCGCCUGCUUAUGGCGCGGCUUUUACGAAGCUAGGUGCAUUCGGAGAGUGGGCAAGGCCGCUGGCGCUCCUCCAGCAGGCCAGCGAAGGCCGUGUGCACCUCGAGCAGCCACAGAGUGCUGCCGCCGUUGGUGCGUGUUCGCGGAGUUCUGCCUGGAGGAGGAGCUUGAACAUCUUGCUGCGGAGGAGUCACAGCUAUGCCAGGCCUGUGGAUAACGUUGCCGCUUGGACCUCUUCGGCAGACGCCAGCGGCCAGAUGCAGUACUGGCAGAAUGCUUUGCAGGUUCUCCGAGUGGCACGAAGUAGCGGUGUCAAGCUGGACGCGACGGCGGCCGUUACGGCGGAGCGUGCCUGCCUCGCUGCUGAAGAGUGGAUCAGAUCUCUGGAGAUCCUGGCGGGCCAGCGCCACGUGCGCCUUUCCGGGGACAUCGUGAGUCAUGCCGUUUCUGUGGAGGCGUGCUGUGUUGGCAGCUGCUGGAACCAGGCUUUGGUUUUGGUUGUCUCCCAGAGAGAUCAGACAUCAUCUGCUGCUCUGAACUCCUUCGUCAGCAGCUGCACUUCCGCAGGCGCAUGGCAGCAAGCAGUUGAGGCUUUGAGCUUUGUGCCGAGCACGGAGACGGAGGAGGAUGCAGUUUUCGGUUGGAACUCGGCAUUGAUGGCUUGCGUUAGCGCCGACAAGUGGGACAAGGCUUUGUUGCUGCUCAAUGACAUGAGUGCAGUUCUGUUGAAGCCAGACGUCGUGAGCCUGGCGACGGUCCUCGAUACCCUCCAAUCGAAGACACACCAAGUGAGGCUCCUCGACAGCCUCUCGGCUGUGAGCGUCACAUGCUCGGAAAGCCGGCACCUGCUACUGGCAGCACAGGAGCUGGAAGCCCAUGGCAUGCUCGCCUCCACAGUGGCGGCCGCGGCAUUUGGCGCCGCACGGCGGUCCUUCAGAUCGGUCCUUGGGCUGCGGUGUAAAGGAGGGAGCCAGCGAGUCGCUGAAGUUCCAGACCUCUCACAAGAUCGACGUUUCGCCAUCGAUGUCGAAGAGCCGCCUCCUUACGAUGAAAACCCUAUGAAGGUACGAUCUGUCGUGUGGUGGCCAGAGGAGAGAAGGAAGUACCUGGAUGAGCUGCGCCCGACAAGGCACCCGUCGACAAAUGGCGUCUGCCAACACAGUUGUCCUGGACCACGUCUUGCUGGUGAAUGCUCGCAGGAUCCAGGCAUGGGCGUCGGCCUGGCACUUGGCUACACCAGCCCAAGACGCCGUGGUUCAAUGGAGUCGAGGACGACAGCAGGGAUGGCAGCUUCCACUUGCAGGUGA